UGGCGGUAAUGUAUUGUAUCCCUGGUGUCUACCUGCGAUAAAACGCUGAAGAAGAAGAACACUUAGUCCUGCUACAGAGGUCACAACAAACCACUCAGAAUGGGAGGUGACCACGGGCACAACAAGCUGGUCCUGCCAGACUGGCGGCAGUGGAAGAUAGAGGGGACCCCACUGGAGAUCGUACAGAGGAGGCUGGCAUCCAGGGGCCUCAAGGAUCCAUGGGGACGCAACGAGGCUUGGAGAUACAGUGGGGGCUUUGCUCGUCCUGUCACUCUGCCUGAAGUGCUUCUGAAAGGAUUCAAGUGGGGCUUUGCCGCCUUCGCUGUUGCUCUGGCUGUAGAGUACACCUUCUUCCCACCAAAGAAGGGUGGACACUAACGCUCAACCCCAGACUCUAAUAAUCUGUAUUUUCUGUUCAUUAAAUGUUUUCUGAUCACUC